AUGUACUCGCAGCGAUCAUCGCCACCGCCACUGAAACGCUCACAUUCGGGUGAGAGCCAGAACAGCUAUGCCAGCGCUGCGACAACAGUAUCGCGCGCAAGCUCCAAGUUACUGUUUGGAGAGAUCCCAUUGACACCUGCGACGACAGUAGAUGGACGAUCGAUUCGUUCCAAUGGCUCCAUCUGCAACCUGGUCCUCUCCACAAGCUCAGUCUUCUUGCGCUUCUGGUUAAACGACGCCUGCCGCGACAACGUACUGGAUCACAUGGAAACUGAAGACCUGUCCAAUUUCCGCCUUGUAUGCCAUGACUUUUCAUCGAAAGCCGCGCCACGACUCUUUGAGAAGAUGACCGUGACCUUCAAGACAUCGACCUUUUCCAAGCCAGCGCGCAUCGAAGCGCUAUCGAGGAUAGGCCGUCACGUCAAGACCUUUACCUUCCACAUGCCACAUGGCCCAGAGACCUGCUUGCCACCCAUCAUCGACCCGUGCACUGGCACAGAGAAGCAGUUCAUCUACGAGCCCCAAGUCCAGACACCGCAACAUGGACCGGCCAAAGACAAGGCACCCAAGUAUGGCAGUUGGGAGAUGCAGGACUUGCUCAUCAAACAGUACCCACCACUGUUCCAUGCCGCGACCAAUGUCCCUGCCUUUUGCGCCGCCUUCUCUGAACUGAUCAACCUCACGCAUCUUAAGGUCUCAUGUCCGGGAUCUACUGGCUCACUUCGACACCGACGAGGUGUAGUCGACUAUGCGCUCAUCUCUCUCCGCAUCGCUAUUGAGCGCGCUCCAUUGUACAGCCUCUCUGCUCUUUCCCUCCACCCCAUCCACCCUGGUGGCCUCUUAUACCUCCACCCCAUGCACGGCUUCGGCAGCACACCAUCCUCAGCCAAGCGCUGGGGUCAAAUCCGUCGCCUCUCAAUCUGCAUGGAAAGCAUACCCUUCAACUCAAGCUCAUCGCGCACCCGCGCCCAAUCUCUAGAACACCUCCGCAUCCUACAUGCCUACCUCGCCACACUCUCACGCGGCCUAACGCGUGUCUUCUUCCGCUGGAAAGGCGAGCGAGGCCCUUCACCCCUCUCACUCGACCGUGAACCUUGCAUGCUUCCCAGCCGAGAGGAGUCCACCCACCCCUCUCUCCGCGGCCAAACCAAUGGUCCCCGCCCCCUGAAGUUCCCUCGCCUCCGUGUCAUGGAACUGGAAAACGCGCUCAUGGACUCCGCGCAAAUCAGCGACUUCAUCACAAAGCACAAGCGCUCCCUCCGCGAGUUCAACUUCGAAGACGUUAAGCUGCGCGAGGGCGACUGGGAUCUCGCGCUUGAACCUCUGACUACCAUCUCAGGGAGUGAUCGGUGGAAGCAGUACCAAGAAGAAGUCAUGGAUGUUCCCAUUAUGCUCUCGCCUAUUGAUGCCGAGCCGCGGGUCAUGGGCCCGUUGCUUGAGGAGGUCGAACAGGCCAUUGAAGAGGUUAGUGGAAAGGAGAGGAGAGAACAUGCGCUGUCGAGGUGGUUGGGUAGACCACGACAGUCAAGUAAGAAAGAUAGCUUCUGGGGUGGAGGCAAGAGGUUCCUGCAUCUUUCGAGCUGGAAAGGCAGCUCGCCUGUCAUGGUCAGGUGA